GAACGAGAGCGAGAACGAGAGCGAGAACGAGAACGAGAACGAGAGCGAGAGCGAGAGAGAGACAGUGAACGAGAGAGAGAGAGACAAGAACGAGAGAACGAGAAAGAGAGAGAACGAGAGGAGAGAGAACGAGAAAGAGAGAGAACGAGAGAGAGAGAACAAGAGAGAGAGAACGAG